UGUUGAUCAGAGUGGAUUGAUUGACACAGGCUGGUACACAGAUUCCAAGAUGGCUCAGCCUACUAAAUUGGGGGGUGCAGCCCCUGUCAUAUUGAAGAUGAGUAAAGAUCCAACAAAGUUUUACAUAGGGCGAGCACUGUGGUUCAGCAUUACUUUCCUUUAUGGUUCACUUGUGUAUGUAGUGCAAAUCACCUGGCUUUGUCUGGUCAAAGACUUCCAGUGCCAUGGGAACAUCUCCAAAGUCUGUCUAGCAGAAUGCUACGAGAAUCACUUCGCCAGGCCUGUGCUUGGAGUUUGGUACAUGGUUGGCUUUGCCUUUUCCUUCAUCUUUUUCGUGAUGGAGUUUUUUGUCUCUCAGAGUGUGCAUAAACUGACCAAGAUAUCGAAGAAGGACUCUUUAGAAAAGAAGCUCGCUGACAGUGACAGCAAGACAGAGCAUGUAAAGAUCAAUGAGGAGGAGAUUUUUGACCUCUCCCGGGAAAAGCCCCUGUUGGCAAUGUAUCUCGUCUACUUUCUCAUACAGUUGUCUAUACAGGUGGUCUUCUUGGCCAUUCUUAUCCACUAUCACCUACCACUGAUUAAAAACUCCAUUCGGUGCAGUACCCACAUGUGUUAUGGACCCUAUGAAUGUGUGCUAUUAGGGACCCAGGAAAAGAUGAUGUCCAUUGUAAUUCUGGCUACAUUCUCAGUGGUUAUCAUGAUGCUUUGUAUUAUGUUCUUCCUGUAUACCAUUAACACAUACCUAGCCAUGGGAAGCCAAACUCUCUGAGAAAUAGAGGCUAUAGAACCUCCUGACAGUAGCCCUGAUGAUCAUCACUGAUUACAAAACAUGGACUGUUUGCAAAGGAGGCCUGGAGCAGUCUUAUGCUGGAAGAAUACACACUUUAUCCUUACGUCAC